GCCCAGGCCCAGGGAGGGCGAGGGGCGAAGGGUCCCGGGGCUUGCGGCUCUUCUCUGCUGCUCACCGCUUGAAGAACCUGGACGCUGAUUAGGCCUCAGUUGCUUGUCCUGUUAAGUGGGGAGGCGCGGUAAUAACCUGUCGUCUAGGACCCUGGGGAAGCUUCCUUGAGCUCAUGCUCUUCUGAGGUCGCGGCGCUUCCUGGUUUCCAUUCUUUGCACAGAUUCCGUAUGGGCACCUCAUCCUCUCACAGCAAGAUUAGGCGCUUGCCAGCUUCCAAGUUCCCUACAAAGUGCAUUAAUUCAUCUAAUUCCUCAUAACUUAGUGUUACUAUAUCCUUUCUAAUUUGCAAUUAAGAAAGAUUACUUGAGACUGGGGAGGCAAAGAAGGGCUUAUGGGCCAGAACAAAAUUUAAUGAAUUUAAUAUGACAUGAUGUUUAAAGUCUGUUGUAAUAAUAGGUGAUCAGGUUCCAGCGAUUUACAAAACAGACUUAGAUUCUGAAGUCAGAGAGCUGGGUUGAAAUUCUGGUUCCAUCACUUAUUAGCUGUGUGAUCUUGGGCAAGUGACAUAACCUCCCUAUUUCUGCUUUUGGAAAAUAGGGGUACUAAUAAUAAGGUCAGAUCUCAGAGUUGUUUAUGAGGAUUAAAUGAAGCGAUACAAUUUAAAAUGGUCACAAAGACUGACCACAUUGUAAAAUAUUAAUAAUUUUUAGGUAUUGUUAUUUUUAAUAAAAGAUCAGAAUAUUGGAAGUUUGAACAAUCAUUUGGACUCAAACUUAUAGAUAUCAGUAGAAUUUAAUAUUGUCUUAAUUGUUGUAAAAUGUCUCAACAUUGUAGUAAUUUGUCCUAAACUAAGCCAAAGUGAGCACUGAAUAGAGGAUUGUUGGUCACAUUGCAAAAGAAAAAAAUGGAAGACCUGUCUGAUGCUGCCGCUUUUGCGACUAGACUUAAAAACACUCUUAUCCAGUACCAUAGCAUUGAAGAUGAUAAAUGGCGAGUUGCUAAGAAAACGAAAGAUGUCACAAUUUGGAGAAAACCUUCAGAAGAAUUUAAUGGAUAUCUCUUUAAAGCCCAAGGUAUCGUAGAUGAUGUUGUAAAUAGUGUCAUAAACCAUAUACGCCCAGGGCCCUGUCGUGUGGAUUGGGACAGCUUAAUGACUUCCUUGGAUAUUUUAGAGCAAUUUGAAGAGAAUUGUUGUGUGAUGCGUUAUACUACUGCUGGUCAGCUUUGGAAUAUAAUUUCUCCAAGAGAGUUUGUUGAUUUCUCCUAUACUGUGGGCUAUAAAGAGGGACUUUUAUCCUGUGGCAUAAGUCUUGACUGGAAUGAAAACAGACCGGAAUUUGUGCGUGGCUUUAACUAUCCCUGUGGCUGGUUUUGUGUACCACUUAAAGACAAUCCAAACCAGAGUCUUUUAACAGGCUAUAUUCAGACAGAUCUACGUGGGAUGGUUCCUCAGUCUGCAGUGGAUACAGCCAUGGCAAGCACUUUAAUCAGCUUCUAUGAUGAUUUACGAAAAACCUUACAAAAGGCGUAAUACAUCAAACUUGUAUUUAGCUAUAAAAAAAAUCAUCCUUUCCUCUCUUCUCAUAGCCUCUAGAAAAAUUUGGGAUGUUUUUGAUUUAUUUUAUCCUAAAGUAAGUAGCUAUAUAAGAGAGGGCAUUUCAGUUUUGCAAACAUUUAUUUGCACAUUGUUUUGUAUGGCAUUGUGUCCAGGAAUGGAGAGUAUGACAGAAAUCACAAGGAGUAGAUAUAGUUCUGUAACACAAACACGUAAGAACUUGAAUAGUGCCUCGGUAUGAAUAUUUUGGCUGCUGGGAAAUUAGAGAAAAUACAGCUUCAUUCUUUGGGGUUAAGUAAUCUACUUAGCUUUAUAAACAUUUUGUAAAUAUUUUAAUUUUCUUGGAGGGUAUUAGUGCUCUACUUGUGGUAUGCUCUAUGAGUUUGCCAAUAUCUUAAACUGAGAAAGAAAUCUCUACUCUAUAUUUUAUAAAAAUAAAUUUCAUUGUCCAUUGAGUUAUACUACUUUAAGUAUUGAAAAGACCAGGAAUAAGAACAGAAUAGAUAUUAUAGUAAUUUCAGGUACAAUUCAAAUGCAACUCAGAUUUGAUACCUAGAAAGAAUUAUUUUGUGAAUAUAUUUUUAAAAUAUAUUUGUAUCUUUUGUGAAUUUAAUUUGAGAGUCUUAAGAGCAUUUAUGCAUGAAUAAGACUGUAUGGAAAAUGGCCAAAUAUGUGCUGGAGUCACCACAUUGAUUAUGAUGUAGUCUGGGUUGUGUAAAAGGAAAAUAAUCACUUUAGAAAAUCACAUUCAAUGACUGUUCUAUGCAUGUGUCAGUUUUAAAGGUAUCUCUCAAUUUGCAAAAUAUCACUACCUACUUCAUAAACUUUCACAAUUGUUUUAUAAUUUCAGUCUGGAAUUAUAAAAAUGCACUUGUAGAUGUAUCCAAAUGCCUAACUAGAGUGAGUCUUUUCUUACUAGAAUGGACUCAUAAUAAGUCCUCUGAUUCUAUGGCUGCCUUAAAUGAACAUUCCUAAAUGAUUUUAUCAUUCCGAGAAUUCUCUUGACUUUUGAACUAACCACCCGGUUUACCUCUAAAAUGAGAACUUGAGGCAAUGGUAUGUGUAUGCAAAUUUUUGUAGGGAUUUAUGUUGGUGUACAUACAUACAUAUUGAAAUUUGUUUCAAUGUUCUAUGUGAGUUCAUUUUGUGUUAAUCAAUAUUAUUGGUUUUCCAUUGAUUUUUUUUUUGUUAAUAUGGGUGAAAGUGAUAUUUAUGUGUUGAGCUACAAAAAGCACAAGAAUGCAUCAUGAUCAAGUGCAUGAAAAUAACUUAUUUCAAGAACUGACAAUGUACAAAUUAUAUUAUAUUCUUACCUUGCCAAUAGCCUUUUCUGAAUUGACUAUAACUUUUGAGUUGCUGGAUUUCUCUGCUGCUUUUUUUUCUUUUGCAAUAGGGAAAGAAAACUUGGUAGUUUAGCUUUCAGUUUCCCAUUGAAAUUGUUAAAUGUUGAUUUUGACUUCAUAUAUAUUUUUCAAUUGAUCUUAUUAGGGUGGUAUUGGAGUUCUCUUAUAUUCCAGUAUUUGUUUAGAAUGGUGAAAUACCAGCAGAUGCCCAAAUAGAGGGUAAUCAGAUUGAGUAAAGAAUUUCUGACAAAGUUUUGCAUUAUACAAGGGCUGUUGUUGCCUAAGCUGGGUGCCCCUAAAGGCAAAUAAAUUGUCUAACUUAGUACUCUAAUGCUCCCUUUGUCAUUUUCAAACUGUACCUCCAAUUAAUGAUUACAUAUACACUGUUGAAUGUAACCCACUACAGGUAAAAUGGACAUUAUGGGGAAAAAAAAUCUCUGUUGCACUAUUAAGUCACAUUAAAAAAUAUAUUUGAAUUACCUGAAAUUUAUAUGCAGCUUUAGAUGGCUAUUUAGAUGUGCUGAACUAUAGUGUGUACUUUAAAAUUCAACAAAGCAAAAAACAACCCAGCUUUACUGAGGUAUAAUUUACAUGCUGUACAUCUUACUAGUUGUAAGUAUACAAUCCAGUUACUCCUGAAUACAUGUAUAGUUAUACAGCCAUCACUACAAUCCAGUUUUAGAAAAUUUCUAUUACCCAAUUAGAUCCAGUUGCCUGUUUGCAAUCAUACUUAACCAAAGUUUAGCACACUUGCCAGUAUAUAGCACAUGAAGAAAAUGAUUAGAGUAGGUUUUAUUUGGUUUUGUUUUUAAGAAUAAAAAUAUAUUUGAUUCUAAGCUCAGGAACCUUGUAUAUUAUAAUAUAUAUUAAGUAUAUUGUCUCAAAUACCAUACUGAUAGAAAACUUUAACAGUGUGAUUUGGGAUUAAUAUUAAUAUGUAAUUGAGUCAGCUACUUCUCCAGCAGUGCUGAAUAAUAGAAAAAUAAUAUGAGCCUUUUGUGCACUUUUUAAUUUUCUAGCAGUCACAUUAAAAAUAAGUAUCUUAAGUUAAUUUGAAUAUGUCAAUUUAACUUAAUAUAUAUAAGAUAUUACAUUUCAACAUGUAAUCAAUGUAAAAAAUCAUUAAGAUUGCUUGCAUUCUUUUUUGUACUAAUUCUUUGAAAUCUAUGUAUUUGACUAAUUUAGGGUAACCACAUUUUAAGUGUUCAUUAUUCACAUGAAGCCAGUGUAUGUAUUAAUAGCACAGUUCUAUACUAUAUGUAUUGUCUUUCUAUAAUAUGAAGUAAAGAAUUUUAUGGGAUUACUUUUUUUUUUUUUUAAGAUUUAUUUUUAUUUAUUUAUACAAGCACUGGGUACAGUCAGAAGCGCGGGAUGGGGAGAGAAUUCACCAGAGCCAGAGCGGGGAGCGGAACAGGCAGAAGGACCGAAGUACAAUGCUGAGGGGAGAAGCAGGCAGGCAAGAGAGGUCUGCACGCCAUGUGGGACCCUCGCCGGCGGCUGAGGAUCGAACCGGUGCUGCAGAGGCUCGCAACCCAGUGCUCAACCACUGCGCCACCGGGGAGGCCCGGUAUUACUCUUUUAAAUGCAAAAUAUCUUCUCUGGAGCCUUCCAUGCUGCCUAAACUAAACAGAAAUAUAUCAGUAGUUAUCAAUAAAAUUAAAGUUAUAACCAAAAAUACUUUCCUUUAAAGAUAAUUUACUUUUCAUAAGGCAGUUAAAUCAAGUCAAAGAUUAUAAUCUACCUUAUUUUAUGUACUUGAUUAUUUUCUCCUACUGAUAGCUAGUGUGUAUCAAAAACUCACAUACGCACUAAGUAUGUGGCAGGGUACUCUUUUCAGUACAUUGAGUUUUCUUUUUUUAAGGCGAUCAGUUUCUCACAAGAUAAAGUAUCAUCAGUUAUACUUUUUUUUAUUUAUUUAUUUAUUUAUUUGUUCGUUUGUUUCGUUUAUACAUGCACUGGGUACAGUCAGAAGCACAGGAGGGUGAGAGAAUUCACCAGAGCCAGAGCGGGGAGCAGAGCAGGCAGAAGGACCGAAGUACACUGGUGAGGGGAGCAGCGGGCGGCAGGAGAGGUCU